AUGUCCGAUUUCAAUCCCAAGCCUCAGACUGUUGAAUCCAAUGUUCCCAGUGGUUAUACUGUUAUUGAGGGGCCCGGGGGGAAGAAGUACCUUGUCCCCCUUUUUGUGGUGCCCUCUCUGGAAUAUUCAAUGUCCGCUUAUCACAAAAAAGCGGAAAUGAAGACUGAAAUCGCCAAUGCUGACGGUCUGGAUCCCUAUCUUGAACGCUUACAGACCUACAACACUAUUGCGGGAACGCUGCACGCACCACCCGACCCGCCGCUUACCGACAAGGAGCUUCUCCGACAACAUGCUGAGGUCCAAGCACUUGUAGAAAAACUUGGCAUCUCAUAUCGCGACGCUGCUCACCGCCUUUAUAUGGCCGAAAUGGAGAAGUUGAAGGUCGCCGACAUGCAAAGAAAAUCAUUCCAAAUCUUUGAGAAGCGGGCAACUAACACCCUCAAGGGGAUUGCAGGGCGCCAUAAUUACAAGAGCAAUUAUUUUAUGAUGUACAAGAAAAUGAAAUCCGAAAUAUCAAAGCAGAAGGAGCAGUAG